UGCGCCGCAUCCCCGCCGGUUCCGGCUGCGUCAGCGCGCCGAGAUGGCGGCCGCCGGCGGGGGGGACAAGGUCUCGGUGCUGCUGCCUACCUACAACGAGCGGGAGAAUCUGCCCCUCGUCGUGUGGCUGCUGGCGCACACCUUCCACGAGAGCGGACACAAUUUCGAAAUUAUCAUCAUAGAUGACGGAAGCCCGGAUGGGACACAGGAAAUUGCUAAACAACUGGAAAAGAUAUAUGGAUCAGAUAAAAUACUUCUAAGACCCAGAGCAAGAAAGUUGGGCCUCGGCACUGCUUAUAUUCACGGAAUGAAGCAUGCCACUGGGAAUUUUAUUGUUAUUAUGGAUGCUGACCUCUCUCACCAUCCAAAAUUUAUUCCAGAGUUUAUCAGAAAGCAGAAAGAAGGCAAUUUUGAUAUUGUAUCUGGAACAAGAUAUAAAGGAAAUGGAGGAGUAUAUGGCUGGGAUUUGAAAAGGAAAUUAAUCAGUCGUGGUGCCAAUUUUAUAACUCAGGUUUUACUGAGACCAGGUGCAUCAGACUUAACAGGGAGUUUCAGGUUAUACAGAAAAGAAGUCUUACAGAAGCUAAUGGAAAAAUGUGUUUCUAAAGGAUACGUCUUCCAGAUGGAGAUGAUUGUCCGGGCAAGACAGUUAGGAUAUACUGUUGGAGAGUCUUGUAGGCACCUGCUUCACUUUGCUGAACUUCUUCACCAUAUGCGAGAUGUACUGCGGUACGUAGAGUACACCCGUUUGGAAAUCCUUCCUUUAAGAAUAAUGGUAGAACUUCUUAUGCAAGAAAGGCAGAGUCUAGCAACAGCACAGGUGGUUAAUUGUUAUGCUGAAAGGAAAGACCGGAUGCCUUUUAUUAGGUUCCUAUUUCAUUUGUGGACCGUGUCUAUGGAGAAUCUAAACUGGGAGGCAAUGAAAUAGUCUCCUUCUUAAAGGGACUCUUGACCUUGUUUGCUACAACAUGAUAGUUUAUUCCUAAAUUAACUUUUUAGAAAACCACUUUCUGAUAUCUUGUGUAGAUUUUAAUAUAUAAUAGCAGAAGCCUGAUAAUUUGCGUGGUGACCAGAAGAUCUGCUAUAAACUAACAGUUAAAUGAACCACCGAUAGUAAACUAAAUAUAUUGUAUCCCCAAAUGCUCCUUUCAGAAUAAAUGAACUGUAUGUUAAACUAAAAACUAAUAAAGACUAAUGCUCUAUUCUAUUUUUGUAAAAAUAAUGAAGUCUUAAUAAAGAACACAAAGCCAAAUGA